AUGAGAGGGAGAGGAAUCAACCGACGACAGGCCCGUCCCGCCGCAUCAAUGACCGACGGUCAGCGGCUCAACGGUAACGAUGACGAUGAGGAUGGCACAAACGACCAGUUCUUCUCAGCCGCCGAAGAGCGCGAUCGAGCCGGCGCUGUUACCGACGACGCGGUGGCGGCUACCGAGACGGAGACGGAUUUCUCGGGAUCAGAACAAGAGGAGGAACUUUCGGAUGAUUCCAUGGACGAGGUGAUAUCUUUGGAGGUCCCUACGCUGCCGACGACGAACUCGAUGAAUUCCAUGGGCCCUGGAACGCCAAUGACUGCCGGUACGCUUCGUGGCAGAAAAACCAAUGGCUUUGCUACUCCUGGUUCCGUCUUUUCCAACUUUACAUCCACUACUGCACGUCCCGAUCGAGCUCGCGGGAGGCUCUUCAAAGUGCACGGUCUGAGAAGACAGAUACCAUCCGACCUGCUGCAUCCCAAGCCAUCUCCCGAGGACGAUGAAGAGGCGCGAAUCUAUGUUGAUGUGGCCUCUCUCUCCAAGAUUGGGUGUUUCUCCGGAGACUGGGUCCGGAUUGAGGCUGCCGAAGAGCCUCCCCUGAAUGGAUUUGGCGCGUUUGGGCUGGGCAGCUUCAACCACCCAGACUUUGAAGUGUCCAAUUGGCGGCCUGUUCGCGUAUAUGGCUUGCCCGAGGGCUACUCCCAACGCCCCGUCACUCGGAUACCGAGUUCCAGGCUGGGCGAUCGACGGCAAUCAUUCUUCGAGUCGCAAGUCCAGCGACCAUCUAGCCCAGCAGCUUAUGCUUCGCCCAUCUUGAUCGCAAACAUUGAUGGAGCCACACACUUGCGCAUCUCUGUGCUCAAGAAGUCCUCAUAUCAAGGUAAAGGGACGCUGCCGAGAUUCGCGAGCGCCUCGCAGCCUCCGUACGCAAAGGAUAUCGCCAUUCACCACAUUAGAACCCCCAUCUCUGCCGAAAGGGCGUACCAAACCGCCGUGCUUGGUGGACUGAAACGCUACUUUGCGCAUAAAUUGCGCCUCGUCCGGCAGGGUGACUUGAUCGCCGUGCCAGUGGAUGCGCAGCUGGGCCGGGCACUCCAAGAAGCUCCCGGUGCAGGCGGUUCCGAGGUCGACGACGUAGUAGCACUGACAGCACGGUCUACUGAGUCUGGCGGGGAGACUCUGUCACAUCUCGACAGCGUUGCUUGGUUCAAAGUUGGUCAUAUCCAGGUGCAAAAGUCGGACGAGGACGAAGACGGAACUGCGGAAUCCCUGUGGGGGACUGUUGCAUGCAUCGACAGCACCACUGUUGCCAUGCAUGGGUCUGGAUUUGAGACGAGCCGGAUACCGGGUAUCAAGGACAGCACUUGGCCUUACUAUCUUGGCCUGAAGAAGACGCCGCAACGAGCAGCAGACGGUGGUCCGCCGCAGUUGGCAGAUCGUGACCAGCAGCAUGUUCCCCCUCUGAGGCGCCAGCUACGGGAACUCCUAGCUGCUGCAACAAGCUUAAGGGCUGUGCAUCUGAAGAUGCCUCCUGUCGCUAUCCUACUGACAUCAUCGCAUCGAAACAUCGGAAAGACGACCAUGGCAAAGGAUGCUUGUAGCGAUAUGGGCCUGCACACAUUCACCAUUGAUGCCUAUGAUAUUAUCAGUGAGGGUGGAGGCAGUGGCAGCGACGUCAAGACAGAAGGCUUCCUGAGGACACGCGCUGAGCGAGCCAUUAGCUGUGGUCCAGAAUGCUGCGCUCUCCUCAUUCAGCACAUCGAAGCGCUGACAGCCGAUCGGAUAGAGUCUUCAAUCAAGGAGAUCCUCGAGGAUGUUCGUGUCCUUAUUGCCACGACAAAUGAGGUUGACAAAGUCCCUGAUGGAGUCCGCGCCCUCUUCACCCAUGAGCUCGAAAUGGGCGCUCCUGAUGAAGCCGAGCGAGAGGCCAUCCUGAGGGCCGUCAUUGAAGACCGCGGUGUGUUUCUCGAGCCGGCCAUUGAUCUCAAUGCCAUUGCUCUCAAGACAGCUGCGUUGGUUGCCGGUGACCUACUUGAUGUCGUAGAACGAGCCUCGAUAGCCCAGCGAUCUCGCCUCGAGUCGCUAUCUACCAAGUCUAGCAACGGCCACCUGCCAAUGACGGUGCGUGAUGUGCUGGUUGCUGGUGGCUCAUCGGCCCGGUGCCUGACAGCGGCCGACUUUGAUGUUGCCGUUGAAGCCGCCCGCAAGAACUUUUCCGAUUCUAUUGGUGCUCCCAAGAUCCCCAAUGUCACAUGGGACGAUGUCGGUGGUCUUAGCAACGUUAAGGAGGCUAUCACGGAGACGAUUCAGCUACCGCUGGAACGCCCCGAAUUGUUUGCCAAGGGCAUGAAGAAGCGUUCCGGUAUCCUCUUCUACGGUCCUCCGGGUACUGGAAAGACGCUCCUCGCAAAGGCCAUUGCCACCGAAUACAGCCUCAACUUUUUCAGUGUCAAGGGUCCAGAGCUGCUCAACAUGUACAUUGGUGAAUCAGAAGCCAACGUGCGACGUGUCUUCCAGAGAGCCCGUGACGCUCGCCCCUGCGUCGUCUUCUUCGACGAACUGGAUUCCGUUGCGCCCAAGAGAGGUAACCAGGGAGAUUCCGGCGGUGUCAUGGACCGUAUCGUGUCGCAGCUGUUGGCUGAGCUGGACGGCAUGUCUGGCGGCGAGGAUGCGGGAGGCGUCUUUGUCAUUGGAGCUACUAACAGACCUGACUUGUUGGAUCCUGCGCUGCUGCGUCCUGGUCGAUUUGACAAGAUGCUCUAUCUUGGUGUUUCUGACACUCAUGAGAAGCAGCAAACCAUUCUGGAGGCUCUCACUCGAAAAUUCACCCUCCAUCCCUCUGUCUCUCUCGCAUCAGUCUCUCAGCGCCUCCCAUUCACCUACACAGGUGCCGAUUUCUAUGCGCUGUGCAGUGACGCCAUGCUCAAGGCCGUCACCCGCCAGGCCGCCGCGGUGGAUGCCAAAGUUCGUGCCCUCAACGCUGACCCGGCCAACAAGCACGAGGUCUCGACGGCGUACUUCUUCGACCACUACGCCACGCCCGCAGAUAUCGCCGUCAUGGUGCAAGAGGAGGACUUUAUCGCUGCGCACGAGGAGUUGAUUCCCAGUGUCAGCGCAGGAGAACUGGCACACUACGAAAGAGUAAGGGCGCAGUUUGAAGGAGGAAGCGACAAGAAGCAGCAAUCACAAGACCACGCGAAAAGACCCGGCUCUUCUGGAGGAUCGAGGGGCGGUAGAUCAUCCUCGAGCAAGGGCAAAGGAAAAGGCAAGGCCAUUGCCGUUAGCAGCGAUGAGGACGAACAAGUCAAUGGCAAAGGAAAAGGCAAAGCGGUGAUGGGAUUCCAAGAUGGAACGGCGAGCGACGACGAGGACUUGUACUAG